UGAUGAUAUCAUUCCGUAACUGAAACAAUCAAUUGCCUUUGAGAGAAGAAAUCAUCACCAUGAGUGGGUGUCCCUUUUUAGGAAACAGUAUUGGAUAUGCUUGGAACAAGCUACGCCUAGAAGACAAUGAAGAAGACAAAUCACAGGCUGGAAUGAAUAAAGCCAGUAAAGGAGGACUUGUCUAUGGAAACUACCUACAUCUGGAAAAAGUUUUGGAUGCCCAAGAACUUCAAAGUGAAAAAAAAGGAAACAAGAUCCAUGAUGAACAUCUUUUCAUUAUCACCCAUCAAGCAUAUGAACUGUGGUUUAAGCAAAUUCUGUGGGAAUUAGAUUCUGUCCGGGAGAUUUUUCAACAUGGCCAUGUAAGAGAUGAAAGGAAUAUGCUUAAAGUUGUUACAAGAAUACAUCGAGUUUCAGUGAUAUUCAAACUACUUGUACAACAAUUUUCUGUUUUGGACACCAUGACAGCCUUGGACUUCAACGACUUCAGAGAAUACUUGUCUCCAGCAUCAGGUUUCCAGAGCUUACAGUUCCGCCUAUUAGAAAAUAAGAUUGGUGUUCUCCAGAGUCUGAGAGUUCCUUAUAACAGGAGACACUAUCGGGAUAACUUCAAGGGAGAGGAUAAUGAGCUACUGCUGAAGUCUGAACAGGAGAAAACCCUCCUACAACUAGUAGAGGCAUGGCUAGAAAGAACACCAGGAUUAGAAAUCGACGGAUUUAAUUUUUGGGGAAAAUUUCAAAAGAAUAUCAUAAAUGGACUGGAAGAGGAAUUCAUAAUAAUUCAGGCCAAAGAAGAAUCAGAGGAAAAAGAUGAACAGUUGGCUGAAUUCCAAAAACAAAAAGAGGUGUUGAUGUCAUUAUUUGAUGAGAAACGGCAUGAACAUCUUCUCAGUAAAGGUGAAAGACGGCUGUCCUACAAAGCUCUACAGGGAGCAUUGAUGAUAUAUUUUUACAGGGAAGAACCCAGAUUCCAGGUUCCCUUUCAACUGCUAACCUCUCUUAUGGACAUUGAUACUCUCAUGACCAAAUGGAGAUAUAAUCACGUGUGUAUGGUACACAGAAUGCUUGGAAGCAAGGCUGGCACUGGAGGAUCCUCAGGUUACCAGUAUUUGCGCUCAACAGUGAGUGACAGGUACAAAGUAUUCGUAGACCUGUUUAACCUCUCAACAUACUUGGUACCAAGACACUGGAUACCCAAGAUGAACCCGAUCAUUCACAAAUUCCUUUACAUGGCUGAAUACUGUGAUAGCUCUUACUUCAGCAGUGACGAUUCAGAGGAUUAAAGCCAACUUUGAGCACAACAGCAGUCAUGCCACAUUGUGUGAAUGGUCAGCAAAGUGUGAAGAGUUCUAAUGCACCAUAUGUAUAUCAAUAUUUAAGUACUUCAAUGUCACAUUCAAAGCCUUCUGAUUAGUUUCCUCAUUUGUAAAAUGAGGAAUACUUUGGGGAAAUAUUUGUAACUUUGGUUUUAAGAUGAUUUAAUGAAAAUGACUACCAGACCUUAGAAAAUAGCUAGUCCAUCCUCCUCCUCCUCUGGAAGAUUAGGAAUUUGAGGUCCAUAGAGGUUGCUACCUGCUUGAGGUCACGCGACUAAGUGGCAAAGGCAUUUGAAGCAGGCUACAGAGCCAGAACUACUUCCACUGUGCUAGGAGAUCACAGCAAAGUCAGCUAAAAUAUAGCAUUGUAUAUAUGCAAAUACAUGAAAUAUCUGUGAUUUCAUCAGCAUAGGGCACUGCUUGUACAGAAAUUCCCUCCACCAAGAGAGAUUACAACCUCUCUAUGAUUUAAUAAAUACCUACACAGGGAUUUUUAAAAAUGUAAACCAAGAUUCAAAUGGUAUAUAAUGCUUAUUAGAGUGUAAAUAUUUUAUCAUUGCUUAAAUCUUUUUGUAGAUUUGAAAACUUCAGGUAUUAUUUCAAAUUGAUUUUGUAUCUUUGUGAUGCAUCUGAUUCUCCAUAAAUACAAAGCCCUAGAAUUGACCAUAAUAAAAGUAAUAAAAACAAGUCAUUCUUUCCUCUGCCUUCUUUGGGGGAAUAAUGCUUAUAAAAAGUGAUAGGUUAUGAGUAUUGGACUAGAAACAUAAAUCCUUUUAUUUUCUCAAGUACUGCUAAAUUAUCAGCCUAGAUGGGAAAUUUAUGCCCAUAGGAAUUGUAUGUAAUAUCAUCGAAGAAAUAUGACAAUGUACGGCAACCCAUGGUGAUAACCUUUAGGUUUAGAAGGUAAAUACAGAUAAACAGCUGAUGCUCAUGCUUAAUCGAUAGGUUAUCCCUCCCAAAGUAUAUAGUUCUUUCUGCAGUUUAUUUAUUUUUCUCAUAAAGACACAAAUCCAUUAGGACAGCAGUUUCCAGCCUUUGGAUCUUCAUUGAAACUUGGAGGGAUAGGUUUAUCACAAAAAUGGUCCCUAUAUUAAGAUGCGAAUUAAUCAAUGAGCAGACAUAUCCUCUAUAGAAUAGCAUGUUUCACAAAUCUGUAUUACUUUACUAUUCUUCAAAUGUAUAUUGAUAAUUAUGUGAAUAAUCAAAUAUAGAUGUAUUUAAGAGCAUUCCGAAUUUAUAGUGGCAGCUUUUUGUCAUGUAUAUUUUUUUGGGGGGUGGGGCAAUAAGGGUUAAGUGACUUGCCCAGGGUCACAUAGCAAUUAAGUGUUAAGUGUCUGAGGCUGGUUCUGAACUCAGGUCCUCCUAAAUCCAGGGCUGGUGCUUUAUCCACUACUCCACUUAGCUGCCUCUGUCAUGUAUUUUCUAAACCAAAAAUAGUAUCAAGGAGCAGCUAAGAGGGGCAGUGCAUAAAGUACUGGCCCUGUAUUCAGGAGGACCUGAGUUUAAAUAUGACCUCAGACACUUGACAAUUACUAGCUGUGUGACUCUGGGUAAGUCACUUAACCUUCACUGCCCCAAGCAAAAAACAAACCCCCACCCAGUAUCAUUAUCACAUGGGGGCCUGUGAUAUUAAAAAGAGUUCCUUCUACUUGAAAAGAUUGGAGACCACUAUAUUAGGGCACAUAAUAAAAUACCAUGAGUAAUUUGUUA